UGACCUUUCAAUUGUUAACAUGUCAUCGAUAAACAGAACUACAGUUAAACCUUCGUGUAGAAGGACUAAUACGUAUAUUUGCAUGUGCAUAUACAAAUAUAUGAAGUUGAGUUUUCUUUUAGUUGGAGUUUUGAGAGAAAUGAAUUGAAUUUCAUUGCUUUGGAAGCCAAGAAUCUGAGCCUUUCUCUGCGUCUCUCUGUCUACAUUCUAAAAUCACUUUCUUUCUCUCCCGGAGAUUCUCUUGCUUUCUUUCUCUCUUUCUCUCUCGGCCUUUUAAUUUUGACGAUGCCUGGUGCCUUGUUCUCCUCCAUCUUUUCUUUCAAGCCGUCUGUCACGUAAUUUCUCUCUCUCCCUCUCUGUCUUUCUCUCUCUCUGUAACCGUCCCUAGUCUCUUCCUAUACAUAAGAAGCUCAGUAUUCAAUGGCUCCUUCAGGUGUCAACCAGCUUUCUCACCCUUGUAUUUAUGGGGAUUUUGUUUCUUCGAACACCGAGAGGAAGUCGCGCUUUAUGAAAUGGCUCAGUAAACUUUUCAGGAGUGGGCUUAGCCGUCGAGAAGCCGCCGCUGGUAGUAGCCGGAAUCCGCAGCUUAUUGGUGACGAAAACAUGCUUUGGCAGGCGCCACCUCGAUCCUUGGAUGACAACUCUAGAGCACAGAAGGAGAAAGAGGAGUUAGACCAUGCAAUUGCAGUGUCUCUGGCUGAAGAUUUGAAAAGACCGAGUGGACACAGAUGGCAGACAGAAAAAGAUGAAGAGCUUGCUAGGUCACUUCAGGAAGGUCUGAAUCCAUUGUAUCCUCCAUAUGCCCCAGCUCAUCCACAGUAUUAUCCCUGUGCACAACAAAGAAUAUGUGGCGGUUGUAAACGCGACAUUCGCUAUGGCAACUACCUGGGUUGCAUGGGGACUUUUUUUCAUCCCCAGUGCUUCUGUUGCCGUUCUUGUGGCCACCCAAUUGUUGAGAAUGAGUUUUCUUUGUCAGGGAGGGAUCCAUAUCACAAGUCCUGCUUUAAAGAUCUGGCUCAUCCCAAGUGUGAAGUUUGCCAUCAAUUUAUUCCAACAAAUCGAGCUGGUUUGAUCGAGUACAGAUGCCAUCCGUUUUGGUCACAGAAGUACUGUCCAGCACAUGAACAUGAUAACACAUCUCGUUGCUGCAGUUGCGAACGCUUAGAGUCUUGGGAUGCAAGGUACUUUUCACUGGGUGACGGGCGGAGUAUAUGCUUUGAGUGCAUGGAAUCCGCUAUCAUGGACACCGAUGACUGCCAGACGCUGUAUCACACCAUACGAGACUAUUAUGAAGGGAUGAACAUGCAACUGGAUCAGCAAAUACCCAUGCUUCUUGUCGAAAGACAAGCACUUAACGAAGCUAUUGUGGGCGAAAAGAGUGGCCUCCACCACAUGCCCGAGACUAGAGGUUUAUGCCUUUCGGAAGAGCAGACCGUCACCAGUAUCCUCAAAAGGCCGAGAAUCGGGGGGAAUCAAUUUACCGGGAUGAGAACACAACCUCAGAAAUUGACUCGAAAAUGCGAAGUUACUGCCAUUCUUGUUCUCUAUGGCCUCCCAAGGUUACUAACAGGUGCCAUUCUUGCCCAUGAAUUGAUGCACGGUUGGUUACGCCUCAAAGGGUACCGGAACCUUAAUCCCGAGGUAGAGGAAGGCAUCUGCCAGGUGCUUUCAUACAUGUGGCUUGAGUCAGAAGUAAUGCCGGAAUCCAAAAACAUGCCGUCUUCAUCUACAUCCUCAGCUUCAUCUUCCUCUUCCACGUUUUCAUCGAAAAAAGGUGGAAAAUCGAAAGUUGAGCACAAACUAGGGGAGUUUUUCAUGCACCAAAUCGCCAACGAUUCUUCACCUGCAUACGGAGGAGGGUUUCGAACAGCCAAUGCAGCUGCCAACAAGUAUGGUUUGCGUAAUACAUUGAAUCACAUUCGCCUCACCGGAAACUUCCCAUUGUAACGAUGAAAAAUAUUGCUAUUUCACUGGCGUCUUUGCCUUUAUACGGCCAUUGAAGUCUGAAGAUAUAUUAGUUUGCUCAACCCUAAAAACGGAUUGAGCCCGUCCCAGAAGCAUACAAGCUAAAAUUGUCACUCUUCCAAUCAAAUAUUAAUAAAUAAUAAAUAAAUAUUAAUGUAUUUCUUUU